GGUUUCCGUCGCCUACAGGUCCUCUCCCCGGCUGAUCGCGGUCCUCGGUGACGGCGCCUCCUGACGCAAGCCGGGGCGGCUUCUCUGCCCGCCCGCCGGAGGCUGGACCCCUCACCGCCCGGGACGCCAAGGCGCUCCUUACCUUCCGGCCCAGCCUGGGGUCCUGGAGGGGCCCUGAGCCCGGAUGCCGAGCGGGGCCGCGGGCCCACUGAGGCAGCCGUGCGCGGGCCUCCGGCCCCUCGGGCGGACCGCGGAGCCCGGCCGCCUUCCGGCGCCCCAGAAUUGCCCGCUCCCGUCCCAGCUCGGAUGGGCCUUCCCGCUCAAUAAAUGUGGCUGCUGAGGCGGCGGUGGCGGUGGCCGGACCUGCUGCUGCUUGGCUCCAAGUUCACCUCCGCCGCGGCGCGUUGCUGCCCCCCGGGGCUGCCGCCGCCAGCUCCUCGUCCCCUGGGCCUGGCCUUGCAGCGUGGCGACGAUGGACAAGAUCCUGGAGGGCCUGGUGAGCUCCUCGCACCCGCUGCCCCUCAAGCGGAUGAUUGUGCGGAAGGUGGUGGAAUCCGCGGAGCAUUGGCUGGACGAGGCGCAGUGCGAGGCCAUGUUUGACCUGACGACCCGCCUCAUCCUGGAGGGCCAGGACCCCUUCCAGCGGCAAGUGGGCCACCAGGUGCUGGAGGCCUACGCGCGCUACCACCGGCCAGAGUUCGAGUCCUUCUUCAACAAGACUUUCGUGUUGGGCCUCCUUCAACAGGGCUACCACUCGCUGGACAGGAAGGACGUAGCCAUCCUGGACUACAUUCACAACGGCCUGAAGCUGAUUAUGAGCUGCCCGUCGGUGCUGGACCUCUUCAGCCUGCUACAGGUGGAGGUGCUGCGAAUGGUUUGUGAGAGGCCGGAGCCGCACCUCUGUGCCCGGCUGAGCGACCUUCUGACCGAUUUCGUGCAGUGCGUCCCCAAAGGGAAGUUGUCCAUCACCUUCUGUCAACAGCUGGUUCGAACGAUAGGUCAUUUCCAGUGCGGGUCCUCCCAGGAGAAGGAGCUACGGGAGUAUGUCUCCCAGGUAACAAAAGUGAGUAACUUACUACAGAAUAUAUGGAAGGCUGAGCCCUCCACGCUGCUACCGUCUCUACAAGAAGUUUUUGCAAGCAUCUCUUCCACAGAUGCAUCCUUUGAGCCCUCGGUCGCCCUGGCAAGCCUGGUGCAGCAUAUUCCCCUGCAGAUGAUCACAGUCCUCAUCAGGAGCCUGACCACCGAUCCAAAUGUCAAAGAUGCAAGCAUGACCCAGGCGCUCUGCAGAAUGAUUGACUGGCUGUCUUGGCCGUUGGCUCAGCAUGUGGAUACGUGGGUGAUUGCUCUCCUGAAAGGACUGGCAGCUGUCCAGAAGUUUACUAUUUUGAUAGAUGUUACUUUGCUGAAAAUAGAACUGGUUUUUAAUCGACUUUGGUUUCCUCUUGUGAGACCUGGUGCUCUUGCAGUUCUCUCUCACAUGCUGCUUAGUUUUCAGCAUUCUCCAGAGGCAUUCCAUUUGAUUGUCCCUCAUAUAGUUAACUUGGUUCACUCUUUCAAAAGUGACGGCCUGCCUUCCAGCACAGCCUUUUUAGUGCAGCUAACAGAGCUGGUCCACUGUAUGAUGUACCACUACUCCGGGUUCCCAGAUCUCUAUGAGCCGGUUCUGGAGGCAGUAAAGGAUUUUCCUAAGCCCAGUGAAGAGAAGAUUAAGUUGAUUCUCAAUCAAAGUGCCUGGACUUCUCAAUCCAAUGCUUUGGCAUCUUGCUUGUCUAGACUCUCUGGAAAAUCUGAAACUGGGAAAACGGGUCUUAUUAACCUGGGAAACACAUGCUACAUGAACAGUGUUUUACAAGCAUUGUUUAUGGCUACAGAUUUCAGAAGACAAGUAUUAUCUUUAAAUCUAAAUGGCUGUAAUUCAUUAAUGAAAAAAUUACAGCAUCUUUUUGCUUUUUUGGCUCAUACACAAAGGGAAGCGUACGCACCUCGGAUAUUUUUUGAGGCUUCCAGACCACCAUGGUUUACUCCCAGGUCACAACAAGACUGCUCUGAGUACCUCAGGUUUCUGCUGGACAGACUCCAUGAAGAAGAAAAGAUCUUGCGCGUUGAGUCCUCACACAAGCCUUCUGAAGGUCUGGGCUAUGUUGAAACCUCUUCACAAGAAGUAGCCAGUAACGUUGCUGUGCCAACAGAGUCUCCCGGCACAGGGGCCGGUGAGAAAACGCUAAUAGAGAAAAUGUUCGGGGGGAAGCUACGGACUCACAUCUGCUGCCUGAACUGCAGGAGUACCUCACAGAAAGUGGAAGCCUUCACAGAUCUUUCACUAGCCUUUUGUCCUACCCCUUCUGUGGAAGACUUGUCUUUCCAAGAUCCAGCUUCGUUACCCGGUGCACAAGAUGAUGAUGUUCUAAUGCAAACCAGUGUCACUGACCCAGAAGAAGAGCCAGUAGUUUAUAAUCCAGCAACAGCUGCCUUUGUCUGUGACUCAGUUGUGAAUCAAAGAUUAUUAGGCAGUCCUCCUGUUGAGUUUCACUGUGCAGAAAAUACUUCUGUCCCUAAUGAAUCUGCAAAGAUUCUCGUCAGUAAAGAUGUACCUCAGAAUCCAGGAGGUGAAACCACACCUUCAGUAACUGACUUACUAAACUAUUUUUUGGCUCCAGAGAUUCUUACUGGUGACAACCAGUAUUAUUGUGAAAACUGUGCCUCUCUACAGAAUGCUGAGAAAACUAUGCAAAUCACAGAGGAACCUGAGUACCUUAUCCUUACGCUCCUGAGAUUCUCAUAUGAUCAGAAGUACCAUGUGAGAAGAAAAAUUUUAGACAAUGUGUCACUGCCACUGGUUUUGGAGUUGCCUGUUAAAAGAACUGCUUCCUUCUCCUCCUUGUCGGAAAGCUGGUCUGUAGAGGCUGACUUCAAUGAUAUUAAUGAGAACCUAGCUAAGAAGUUAAAACCUGGCACUGAAGAUGCCUUCUGCCCUAAGGUAGUGCCCUACCUGCUAAGUUCGGUUGUUGUGCACUCUGGUGUGUCCUCGGAGAGUGGCCAUUACUAUUCUUAUGCCAGAAACAUAACAGGUUCAGGGUCCUCACACCAGAUGUGCCCCCAGUCUGAAAGUCUGGCAUUAACACCAUCCCAGAGUUGUUUACGAGGCGGAGAAAGCCCCAGUACAGUCAUUGAGCAGGACUUGGAAAAUAAGGAAACGUCACAAGAGUGGUUUUUGUUUAAUGACAGCAGGGUGACAUUUACUUCAUUUCAGUCAGUCCAGAAAAUCACAAGUAGGUUUCCAAAAGACACAGCUUACGUGCUUUUGUACAAAAAACAGAGCCGUGCUAAUGGCUUACGCAGUGACAAUCCAGCCAGUGGCGUCUGGGUCAAUGGAGAUCCACCACUGCAGAAAGAGUUAAUGGAUGCCAUAACAAAGGACAACAAACUGUAUUUACAGGAACAAGAAUUGAAUGCUCGAGCCCGGGCUCUACAAGCUGCAUCUACUUCAUGUUCAUUUCGGCCCAAUGGAUUUGACGACAAUGAUCCACCAGGAAGCUGUGGGCCGACUGGUGGAGGGGGCGGAGGAGGAUUUAAUGCAGUUGGCAGACUCGUGUUCUGACCUGAGAGAGCUGGCAGUGCAUCUGGUCACAGAACAUCAGUACUGCAGCUGUUCCAUGUCAGGCUGCAGCCCAUAGCUUACCUAUCCUCUAUUUUUCUCUUCAGCAGACCCGAGUACUUUCAGAAAAUACACUCAGUGGUUGUUUUUAUUUUCUUGACAAAAAUGCAUCAUGGAAAAAAAAAAAUCUACCUCUUAAACUUCCAUUUGCAUUUAUGGUUAGACAUGCUUGACCAAAAAUGUUGAGAGGAAAGGAGUGUACCUGGUCUCUAUAAUUAAGCUGCAUUAAAUUUGGUAGAAGGAUUUAAAUGGUGUAUUUUCAGUUUUACUGAACGAAAAUAAUUCUUUUAGCAUUCUUUAUAAAAGAAUUGAAGCUAGAGAUUCAACAUACGUUGUUUUAAGAAAAGUGAAAAUCUUUGUUUCUGGUAUCAUUACCCCAUUAUUAAAUUCAAGUCUUUGAAAACAGUAGAGAUGAUCAGUCUCUAUGGAGGCAAUAACAGUUUUAACUUGAGCCACCAGCCUUUGGGGCUUUUGCUUAUGCUGUCCUCAGCAUCGCCUAGUUUCAAGAACAAGUGUCUUUAAAGGAUUAUUUACACAUGUGCCGAGGAAGCCUGCAGAAGGUGCAUGAUGCGGUGGGGCUGUGUUUUAACCUGUGUAGUGUUUCCAGUUGUCCAAGGACUUUAAGAUCCUGUUCCAGGGAGUGUAUCUCCUGUGUGCUUCAAAGGAGGCGAGUCCUGUAUGUGCCUUGCAGUACUAUAAUUCAAAAAUAGGUUAUCUUUGGCUGCAGUAAGUUUUCUAAAACAAAAUGUUAGGAAGUAAUUUUGUGCUAACAUUAAGAUUAUAAUUUUUUAAAGGUAUUAGAUUUUUCAGAAGUAAAAAUCUGAUGGUUCUAAACCAGUAAGUAUAAUGGUAAAUUUCUAACUCUUAGAAAAAUUCAGAUGAAAUGAAGCUAGUUUAAGUAAAAAAACAAAAACAAAAACUUCAAUUGAUUUGUUACUUAAUCCUCAAAACAUUAAACAUUGAUAACAUUUUUAGAGUUGUAUAUUUGGGGUUUUUUUCCUUUGUUUGAGACACAUGCCUUACACAGUUUCUGCUUCAUAAAAUAUUAAAAUGCCACACCCCACCAUCCCUACUA